GUAGCGGUGGCCCGCAGCGGCCCCGUCCCGGCAGCGAGCCAUGGGCCAGAAGCUCUCGGGGAGCCUCAAGUCGGUGGAGGUGCGAGAGCCGGCGCUGCGGCCGGCCAAGCGCGAGCUGCGGGGAGCGGAGCCGGGGCGGCCGGCGCGGCUGGACCAGCUGCUGGACAUGCCGGCGGCGGGGCUGGCGGUGCAGCUGCGCCACGCGUGGAACCCCGAGGACCGCUCGCUCAACGUCUUCGUCAAGGAUGACGACCGGCUCACCUUCCACCGGCACCCGGUGGCGCAGAGCACGGACGGCAUCCGCGGCAAGGUGGGCCACGCCCGCGGCCUGCACGCCUGGCAGAUCCACUGGCCGGCGCGGCAGCGGGGCACACACGCUGUGGUGGGCGUGGCCACGGCGCGGGCCCCGCUGCACUCGGUGGGCUACACGGCGCUGGUGGGCAGCGAUGCCGAGUCCUGGGGCUGGGAUCUGGGCCGCAGCCGCCUCUACCACGACGGCAAGAACCGACCCGGCGUGGCCUACCCCGCCUUCCUGGGGCCCGAGGAGGCCUUCGCGCUGCCCGACUCGCUGCUCGUGGUGCUGGACAUGGACGAGGGCACACUCAGCUUCGUCGUGGACGGCCAGUACCUGGGCGUGGCCUUCCGUGGCCUCAAGGGCAAGAAGCUUUACCCGGUGGUGAGUGCCGUGUGGGGCCACUGUGAAGUCACCAUGCGCUACAUCAAUGGCCUUGACCCCGAGCCCCUGCCAUUGAUGGACCUGUGCCGGAGAUGCAUCCGCCUGGCCCUGGGCCGCCAGCGCCUACAGGACAUCGGCUCCCUGCCGCUGCCUCAAUCUCUCAAAAACUAUCUGCAGUACCAGUGAGCCGGGGACGGAGGGGCAGCGGAGGGCACCCACAGCCCCAGGCCUGUCGCUUCACGGUCACACUGUACAUCAGGAAGGAGUCUCCCUCCUCACCCUGGUUUCCCAGGACAUUCACUUCUUUGAAAGGCCAGGACAUCUUCCCAACUUUGAAAAUGAAACGUCUGUUGCCAACAGUAUUUGCUGCCUUGGAAGCAGCCCUCCCAAGUCAGACACCUCCUUGGAAGCCGGGAAGAGCCCGAAGCCUGCGCUGGGUGGAGAUCCUGCCCGCUGAGCAGGACACAGCAGCCAAGCGGCCACCGGUAUUGAUCCGAGAGCCUGUUUCCUUAUCCAAGAGAAUGAAUAAAACAUUUGGGCAGGAGACUUUCUGUUGUGUGCCCCGCUGCAGACAGGGCCAGGGGAAAACUGGCCAGCUCCGGGAGAACAUUGCCUCUGAAUAAUGCAUGGUGAAAGCAGCUUGAUGCCCGUGCCCCUCUGGUUCCCCACCCUUCCCAGGGCAGCAGGAUUGUCAUGACACUUUAGGACUUUGCACCCCUUUGAGAGACCGUUACCUAGGGAUGCCCAGCUGCGGAAUUGGCAAGUGGACAAAACCGUGUUGAGACACCUCCCAGCUUACCUCUCUGAACGUUGUUUACUUCCCCUCUCUCUCGCCGUCCUUCCCCACCCGGACCCCCAGUCUCUGGAUGCCCAGGGCACCUCUAUUCAGGGAAGCUGAGUCUGACAAAUUCACCCCAGGGAAUGAGCGUAUCCUUUAUUAUUAUUGUUUUAAGUAGCGUCGCAUUUUAAAAGAGUGUGGUGAGGGCAGUACUUAGUCCAAAGGUGCUAAUGGGGGAAUUGGGGGCCUUGUGACACCCACGGGGGUGAUGUCCUCGGGCUGGGGAGCCUUCCUGGGGGGCUGAGGGUCUCCAGGCAACCGUCCAUUCAGGAUGCAGCCUGGCCGCCACAAAGCUUUAUUUGAGCGAAUUAUUUUUUCACUUGAGGAGACUUGUACGAGUUUGUUUCUGUUUCACGUGUGUGUGUGUGUGUGUGUGUGUGUGUGUGUGUGUGUGUGAUGUGCUGCUUAUUUAUCAGCUUGGGGCCAUGGGGGCAGCUUUGUAACUGGAAGGGUGGAUGUGAGGCAUCUUCUCCGCCCGCCCCAGCCUGUCAUCCCCCGGGAACCAUGCCGCUGCCGCCGCUGCCACCACCAGGCAUCUCUCGCGUUUCCAACACUCUCUGCCCAGACUGAUUUUUAACUGGAAAUUGUCACAGCAGCGGGACACCAGAGCCCCAGACGGCACUGCCCCCUGCCACUUUAAUGUGAAUUCGAUGAAUGAAGAGCGUUUCUAAUAAAGUUUGGCAUUCAGUC